AUGUACUCCAAAUCCGGCCAAAUCCAUCACGCCCGCAAGGUGUUCGAUGAAAUUCCCCACAGAAAUAUCUUCUCUUUCAACGCCAUGCUCAUUGCCUAUUCUUCACAUGACCAGCACUCCGAAGCCCUUAGGCUCUUCUCGUCCUUGGCAUCAUUCAAACCCGCCCUUAAACCUGACAGUUUCACCAUCUCCUCCCUCUUGAAAGCCUUGUCGUUGGUGCCGCUUCCGCAUCCGAUAUUGGGUAAGGAGAUUCACGCUUCUGUGCUUCGGCAUGGCUUUGAUUCUGAUCUAUUUGUCACCAAUGCAGUGGUUACAUUUUACCAAUGCAGUUGCAUGGGCAUUGUUAGUGGUGGUUUGGGGAAGGGGUUAUAUUGGAGCCGCAGAGAGAGGGCAGAAAAGGAUUUACUUGAACUACAAGUGGUCCAGCUGAAUGUAAGGAAGUUGGAGGAUGAACUGAUGUCUUGGAAAUUAAUGCUGAAAGAGAUCCCUGAUGUUUCAUGUUCUGAUGAUAUACCCAGAAAAUUUGCCAGUUUACAGAAAGAGCUAAUUGAUAGCAUGAUAAAGUUAGGUGAGAUCAGUGCUCAUCUGAAGCAGUUGGAGGUCGCCCUGGAAUCUGCAGACCUUGCUAAGCAACAUGCUGAAACAGAGGCUGCACUGGCUAAAGAGAAAGCUGAAGAAUCAUUGUUAGUGGUUAAACGGCUUGAGUUAAUGGUGUGGGCUAUUGUGAAUUUGAAGAUUUUCUUGGUUUCAGAGUUCAUUAUUGCAAUACAGCUAAUUGCUUUGGUGCAACCAAGACAUGGAAUUACUCAGGACAUGCUUACUACUGCAGCAUCCGUGUUUCUGGAUUUUGAAAUCCCUCGUUGUCUUGAUGCUUUUAUUGUGAUCAAUCCUUUAUCGCUCAAAGGCAUGAUUUUGGGGUAUGUCGAUUGA